CAGUUUCCGUCGAGAAAAAGAAAAAGAAAAAGAAAAAGAAAAAGAAAAAGAAAAAGAAACAUAAUCCAUUGCUUACAUCUCAACGUUGCUGGAAACCUGGAAUCGCAAAAUCGCCCUAUCCGAAUUCGCAACAUCAUUAGUUUACACAACACAGAGAGAAGAAAAUGCUUGGUGGGUUAUACGGGGACCUUCCCCCGCCGUCGUCAACCUCAGAGGACGAGAAGUCGAGCAACCCAUCAACAACAGCAGUAUGGUCAAGUAGCGCAAAGAUGGCCCCACCCACUCUAAGAAAGCCAGCGUUGAAUCUACCGCCGUCUAUAAUCCGAUCUCAAGCCAUCCUGAACAAAGCUAAACCCCAGAAAACCCUAACUUCCUCCUUGCCGAUGGAGGACCCACCUCAGUCAUUGCAACCGGAAUUGGUAGGAGUGACUUCAACGGUGACGGAAGAGUACGACCCAGCGAGACCGAACGAUUACGAGGAGUAUACGAGAGAGAAGAAGAGGAGGGCGAGGGAGGCGGAGUUGAAGAAGGAACUGGAGAGGCGUCAGCAGGAGGAGGAUGACAGAGAGAGGGAGAGGAGAGAGAGGGAGAAAGAGAGGGAUGAGAUUGCUAAUAAUAAUAAGGUUAAUGUAUCUGGGGAAGAGGCGUGGAGGCGGCGGGCUGCAAUGAGUGGUGGUGGUGGUGGUAGUGGAAAUCAUGGGGGGCCAGCGCCUCGCUCGCCAUCUCCUACAGGAGGGAGUGGAGAUGGGUUUACUAUUGGGAAGUCGGAUACAGUUGGGUUGGGGGUGGGAGCUGGAGGACAGAUGACUGCAGCACAGAGAAUGAUGGCCAAAAUGGGGUGGAAAGAAGGGCAGGGGUUGGGGAAGUUGGAGCAAGGGAUUACUACUCCUUUGAUGGCUAAGAAAACGGAUAGGAGAGCUGGGGUUAUUGUCAAUGCCAGUGAGACGAAGCAGCAGCACCAGCACCAGCAGCAGCAAGAGAAGAAGGUGAAAAGUGUCAAUUUUAAUGGCCAUCCUACUCGGGUUUUGCUCCUUCGAAACAUGGUUGGUCCUGGCGAGGUAGAUGAUGAAUUAGAAGACGAGGUUGGGUCUGAGUGUGCAAAGUACGGAACUGUUACUCGGGUGCUUAUAUUUGAAAUCACGGAGCCGAACUUCCCAUCUAAUGAAGCAGUGAGAAUAUUUGUUCAGUUCGAGAGGUCCGAAGAAACGACCAAGGCUUUGGUUGACCUUGAUGGUAGGUUCUUUGGAGGGAGGGUAGUUCGUGGCGCAUUCUAUGAUGAAGAGAAGUUCAGUAAAAAUGAACUGGCUCCAUUACCUGGAGAGGUUCCUGGGUUUUUCUAAAUAGGCGGAGUGUAGUAAUUCGAGUGUAGAUUGGCCAUAAGAUGCAUAAUUGACUUCAAGAUUGUGUCAAUUGGACUGUUUUUUGUAAAAAUUUUGUUCACUUAUUUUAGCUCAUUUGCUCACACUCUUAAAGUGAGUGUUUAAUGAACUGGUAUUUCGAUUC